CGCGAAUCAUAAGUUCUGGCUUGGGUCAGAUGGCCUGGGGGCUGAGACUGGUUAGUGUCGGUGGCGAUGUUGCGGUGCGGCUCUCGGUGCCUUGGCAGUCUGCGCCCCGCUCUCCGGUCCCUGGCUCACACCGACCACCGGAGCGUCACUUUCUGCAUCGAUCCUUCCUUGGGACUAAAUGAAGAGCAGAAAGGAUUUCAGAAAGUUGCCUUUGACUUUGCUGCUCGGGAAAUGGCUCCUAAUAUGGCGGAAUGGGAUCAGAAGGAGCUGUUCCCUGUGGAUGUGAUGCGGAAGGCAGCACAGCUCGGUUUUGGGGGGAUCUACGUACGAACAGAUGUGGGUGGGUCUGGACUGUCUCGACUUGAUACUUCUGUCAUCUUUGAAGCCUUGGCCACAGGCUGCACCAGCACCACUGCCUAUAUAAGCAUCCACAACAUGUGUGCCUGGAUGAUUGAUAGCUUUGGAAAUGAGGAACAGAGGCACAAAUUUUGCCCGCCGCUCUGUACCAUGGAGAAGUUUGCCUCCUACUGCCUCACUGAACCAGGAAGUGGGAGUGAUGCCGCAUCUCUUCUGACCUCAGCUAAACCACAAGGGGAUCAUUACAUCCUCAAUGGCUCCAAGGCCUUCAUCAGUGGGGGUGGUGAGUCAGACAUCUAUGUGGUCAUGUGCCGAACUGGAGGAGCAGGCCCCAAGGGUAUCUCCUGCAUAGUUGUUGAGAAGGGAACCCCUGGCCUCAGCUUUGGAAAGAAGGAGAAGAAGGUGGGGUGGAACUCGCAGCCAACCCGAGCAGUGAUCUUUGAAGACUGUGCUGUGCCGGUGGCCAACAGGAUUGGGAGCGAGGGGCAAGGCUUUCUCAUCGCCAUGAAAGGACUGAACGGAGGGAGGAUCAAUGUCGCAUCCUGCUCUCUGGGGGCCGCGCAUGCUUCAGUUAUCCUUACUCAGGAGCACCUCAAGGUCCGGAAGCAGUUUGGAGCACCUCUAGCCAGAAGCCAGUACCUGCAGUUUCAGUUGGCAGAUAUGGCCACCAGGCUGGUUGCUUCCCGGCUGAUGAUCCGCACCGCUGCAGUGGCUUUGCAGGAGGAGCGGGAGGAUGCUGUGGCCCUGUGUUCCAUGGCCAAGCUGUUUGCUACAGAGGAGUGCUUCACUCAGAUCUGUAACCAGGCUUUGCAGAUGCAUGGGGGCUAUGGCUACCUGAAGGAUUAUGCUGUUCAACAGUACAUGAGGGACUCCAGGGUCCACCAAAUCCUAGAAGGUAGCAAUGAGGUAAUGAGGAUGCUGAUCUCUCGAAGCCUGCUCCAGGACUAGCUCCCACAAUGGAGAGUCUAGCCUAGAGUGCCAUGUGCAGCUGGAAUCAUGUUGAAUGUUCAAUUGCAAAGGGAUCAUGACUGAAGAGCUGAGCUCUUCAGAUAGAGACCCUGAGCUGUAGUGCUAGCACUAAGGAGGGAACAAAGUUCUCAUCAGAGCUAGAAGGACUGCCCUGAGGAGCCCUGCCAAAAGAAGACCUGCCACACUGCUUUCCUUAUUUUGGAGGGACACACAGUCAGAAGUGUGGCUUGGUUCCACACCAUGUUCAUUUUGUUGAUUCUUGUCCUAGGGUCUGGUUACUUCAGUGAAGCCUUUUCUGGUAGUUAUGAUGAAGUAUGGGGCGGCAAGGGCAGUGGAUAGCCCUACCCCUUUCUGUUCUCUGUUCUGCACUUAGCAGAGUCUCAGGACAGUACUUUUAAACUCAGAUCAUGAUGAAGUGACCAUUUGGGAACCUACUGCUAAGCUAUGAAUUAGGGUGCACCUUCACUCCUGCAACCACUAAAUAAAUGUCAAGGGCUAAGAUUA